AUGAAAUUUGCCAUUUCGCUUUUGAAAUUGACGAGUUUUGCUUUCGGGCAAACAGAAUCGGAAGACUACAGUUUUCCCGCGGAUUAUCCUGAAGAGGGACAAGCUCUGAACAUCCGACUUCAGCGAACUCGAACCGCGGAUUUGAACCUUGGCGAUAAAUUGAGGCAGAUUUCUCAUCGGAGAAGAUUGAUCAACUCUCAGAUUUCUCAAGCGAAAAAGUUCUACUUUGAAUUUCACAACUACGGCUGCUACUGUGUUGCCCCGUCGGAUCCGAACAAGAUGAGAGGUCGACCGGUUGAUGAGCUUGACAGUGCUUGCAAAAAACACUCCCUCUGUUACUCCUGCGCCUUUUCCGACUACAAAUGCGAUCCGAAAACCAUGGGCUAUCGUUAUAAAAUAACGAGUACAUCAUCCGGAAACCAAAUUCAAUGCACAAAUGACCCAGAUUCUUGCGCUUAUGCUUCGUGCAUGUGCGACAAGGGGCUUGCUGAAGAUCUGGGCACGCUGCUCAUGAAUGGAAUUCAGCUCAAUUCUACCUACAGGGAGUAUGAUGGGGCAAAGUGUACUUCUGACGUCAGAAUUCCGGAAAAUAACGAUUCUGGAAUCAACGAAGAGAAAAAUAGAAAUGAGGGAUUCGCGAAUUCAGUAAUUGACCAGGCAGUAACAUCAAGCUUCUCAACCGACAUUCCCGAAGGCGUCUUCUUCGACGAUGCCUCGACCAGUUCUUUUUCCAGCAAUUCCGAGCAAAUCACCUUCUUGAGCUCAGAUCAUCAGAAAACGAAUCACAAAGAGAAAAAGUGCUGCGGUCAGUAUCCAAAAAGAUUCCCAUAUGUUGUCGGCGGAAAUCAUGAGUGCUGCAAAACGGGCUUUUUGGAGCAUUUAAAGCCAAUCGGGACUUGCUAA